AUGGAAAAGAUCUCUUCAGAUGCACCAUUAGGCUUUCUCGCUGUGGAAGUCGACAUCCACCGUCCUCCAGGCGAUCCUUUCAACGAGAACACAUGGCCAUUUCCUCUCAUUCGGGAAAAAGUAACAGGCACACGUGAGUCACAACUUGUUACUAACGGUGCCUACGACGAUGCCUUCAUUGAUCAGUUCGUGGCAGCUGGGCUUAAACUUACUGAGAGAGGCGCUGUUGGCAUCAUUACCAGUUGCGGCUUCUUAGCGGCGGCGCAGAAAAGGUUAGCAGCACGACUGCCUAUUCCUGUGGCCACCUCAGCCCUGGUGCAGAUUCCAAGCCUCCAGGCCAUAUUUCCUGCCAAUAGACCCAUCGGGAUUUUGACUUAUGAUUGUGCUAGAUUGGGCAGUCUACACUUACGUGAGCUGAACAUUGACCCUGACAGCGUCCGCAUAUGGGGACUUUCAGACAAAAGCCAUCUUAGAGACAUUUGCGCUCGUGGCGCCAAAUACGACGCCGCUCUGCUGGAGAAGGAACUUAUCGAUGAAGCAAACGCUCUUGUUGCUCGGCAUCCUGAAGUUGUUGCUAUCGUUUUGGAAUGCACAAACAUGCCACCGUACGCAGAUAAGAUACAGGACGCGGUCCAGUUGCCAGUUUAUGAUGUUUAUACAAUGGGAAAAUGGUUUUACUCCGGACUGCAACGUCGAAGCCCAACGGAUUGGACGUUAUAG